AUGGAUCAGUUAGUUGGUUCUUCUCAUGGACACCAAGUUCGUCGAGCGAAUGCUAAUAUUUCUGAAUCUAAUGUCAAUGUCAUACCAUCAACUUCAACUAAUUCUAAUACAAAUCUUGUCCAAACCACAAUGGAUCAGCUGCAAACUCGGGUAUGUGACUCACACUCAAAUGCUCAGUAUCUAGUUAAGACAGCGCCUCCACCUGAACGUAAUUCCAUAAGGAAACAUUCAAGAUCACGGUCUCAGAAUUUCGACCAAAUUAAUUCGCCUAAACAACGAAUAUUUUACCCUUUGCACCAUGAUGGUCACAAUCAUCGUCUGAUAAACUCACGUGGUAUACCUUUUUCUAUCCCGUCAACUGCACCACCACAAUCCCCUAGACCACCAGCACCAUCAAUAACAACAGCAGCACCACCACCACCAACAGCAACAACAUUGCAUAACACUAGACAACUGCCAAACGCCUCAAGUCUGUCACUUGCAUCAAGUCUGUCACUUGCAAAAUUAAAACAAUCAAAUUGGGUAUCUUUGAUUCCGCCAUUACCAGCCAGGCCAGACGGUCUGCUAAUAGCUGAAAAAGGUAAACAACAGGCAACUAAUGACGACGUGGGUAAUGGUAAUAAUGUCGGUACUGGUGGUAGCACACAGCAGGUACUAUCAAAUGAUGAAUUUGAUUUCAGAUUGCGAGAUCCAUUCUCGGAGAAGAAUUUAGGCAAAAAUCGAAAUCAUCGCUCAUCGGACUCGGACAAAUAUAAAUCCAACCUUGAUCCGUCACAGCGACAUUCAAUUGCAAUAUCCCCUACACCAGAUAAAGGACUGUCGAAAACGGAAAAUGAAAAUGAAAAUGAAAAUGGUGGUGCUUUGAAUCUAGAUUUACUCGAUUACAAAACAAACAUUAAUAACACUGUCUCCACCACGUCCCCGAAAAGAGAAGUUAAAAAGAAGGCUCGCAAAAUUUGUGGAAAGUGUGGUCUUGAGAUUACCGGUCAAUUUGUCAGAGCACUUAAAAGUGCUUUUCAUGUCCAAUGUUUCACAUGCCAUGAAUGUGGUGUACAAUGUUCAGCCAAAUUUUUCCCUCAAGAGAUUGUAGAAAAUGGAGUGUCAACCCAAGUUGCUUUGUGCGAAUACGAUUACUUUAAGAAGCUAGAUUUGAUUUGUUUCAAUUGCAAUAGUGCUUUGCGAGGACCAUACAUAACGGCUCUUGGAAACAAGUACCAUUUGGAGCACUUCAAGUGUUCAGUUUGUCAACAUGUAUUUGACGCUGAUGAAAGUUAUUACGAACACGAAAAUGAUAUAUUCUGCCACUACCACUAUUCAAAAUUGUAUGCAUCUCAUUGCGAAGGAUGCCAAUCUUCCAUUGUCAAGCAAUUUGUAGAGCUAUUUCGCGGAGGAAGAAAUCAACAUUGGCAUCCGGAAUGUUUUAUGGUUUAUAAGUUUUGGAAUGUUUGCAUUACUGCUGACUCUGUGGGACUCCAGAAACUUCAAGGAUGGUCUAAUGAAAAGUUGACAAACUUGAGAUUGAUAAAGCUAUCCGAUAAUUCAAUCGACUCAAACAAACUUAUAAUGAUGGAGCAGCACAUUGAGCAAGUUGUCAUGAGCUGUUGGCUAAGACUCUCUGGAUACGAACAAGCAACUGCUGCAUGUAUCUCCGAUAUGCUCCUCAACGCUUGCACAGGAAAUAAGUUCAAUGGAUUAAUCGUAACAGGGAAAUUGAUUUUGAAUGUGGAAGUUCUUUUCGAAGCUUUAGACCACGUUUUAUAUUUGUGCAAAAAAUCACCUCCCACCAUACAAUCAAGCCCAUCCAAAAGCGAGGACCAAGACACUCUGGACUCAUCUACACUGGAGAUUGAAUACUUUCUGCAAUUGAAAAAAGAGCCCAGAAAUAUAACCGGGAAAAUAAUGAGCUACUUGGCUAUCCUUAGAAAGUCUGCAAGUAUAUCGAAAUCAGGUACUUUGUCAGCCGAGCUAUUAUCGGUGAUAACAGGCUGUGCUCAUUACUUGAAGCUUUUGAUAAGGAUAGGCUUGGAUAAUGCAUUAAAAUUGAACAAAUUGCAUGGCAACAUUGAAGCAUUAGAUGAGUUUUUGCAUACUAUAGUAAAACAUGAAACAUUGGGAUUUCCAACAAUUGAAAAUAAAAUACAGCUAGAGCAAUUUGUUGAGAAACUCUCUGUACCACCAAACUCAACAGACGCUUGUACCAGCUGCAACAAGAGUGUCGAAAAAGCAUGCAUAAGGUUUUUGGAUUACAGGUGGCAUUUAAGAUGUUUUGUAUGCUCCCGAUGUCAAAGGCAUGUGGAGUUUGAGGCUCGGAGUUGUUCAUUUGACGCUACUAAAUGCGCCAUUAUUUGCCCCAAGUGCCAUGACGGUAACGGAGCCUUGGGAUUUGAAGAAGUGACAGAUCUAAGUCAAUUAGUGUAUCUUUUAAAAAUUGCACUACUGAGAUCCAGAUUAGUGAUGGGAAUCGAUUUUGAAAGUCCACCACAGCAAUCAUCAUCAUCAUCAAUAUCAACAUCAGCAGCAGCAACAUCAACAUCAACAUCAGCAGGAGCAACAGGAGGAGCUCACUCCUUUGAUGAUGAAUCCAAAAAAGCAAAAGAACAAUACGAUCGUGCAACUUAUGUACAAACUUUGGAUGAUGUCACUAGACUAAGAAGUAAACGCCAAAGCCAAAAAUUGUCAAAAUCAGUAAAGAAGAAAGCACGCAAAUCGGUGAUUAUAACUGCGCCCGAAGCUGAUCAUGCUCAGGAAGAAGAAAUUCAGUCACUGCUGAAAAGAGAAGAGUAUGAUGUAAUACCGGAGAUGGAGUCGUUGAAAGUACACACAAAGGAGGGAGAGCCUGUGCGUAAAGCGAGUGGUGCAUCACAGCUCUCAUUUGAGGCUGGAGAAGUCUUAUCGGUUAAGAAGGAGCUUCGAAUACGAGAUGAACCACAGCGCCAACAAACGGCAGUCCAUUUAGACCGAACAUCCGAUCUUUUGCGAAGUGAAAAGUCAUUGACAUUGGACGAUAUUCCAAGAAUAGUUGCUGCUGAGCAAGCGCGUGAUCAGCGACCUAAUGCAUUUAAACAUCACAACAGACUUUAUCAAAGAAGUGGAUCUCAUAAACUCAAAGCAGGAGGGCAUAGUCCUGUUAUGAGCACACCAAGUAGUGCGUUGCAUCAUAUUUUGAACUCCUCCACGCAAACAAGCGAAGCUCCUUCUGAGAAGCAAAAAUUUUAUUCGGAACUUACCAAGCGUGAACAUUUCAUUAUGCGGCAUAUUGCAAUUGAAGCUUUAUGUCAAAUGAAUAAGGAAAAGUACAACAAAGAAGAGCUUGCUUCUUGUAUCCAGACUAAGAAGUCUCCUACCUUUUGGGAGAAGCUAAAAUUUGGCGGUGCUGGAGCAUCAUCGAAAGAGAAAUCUAGUGGUGCGUUUGGAGCGGAAUUGAGUUUUUUGACGAAAAAGUUUGGUGUUGAUUCUGAUUUGGGCGUUGGCCCAUCGAAACUCAGAAUCCCUAUAGUUGUUGAUGAUGUCAUUAGUGCCUUGAAACAGAAGGAUAUGUCUGUUGAAGGUAUAUUCAGAUUGAAUGGAAAUAUUAAAAAAUUGAGGGAAUUGAGUGAAGAAAUUAACAAGAAUCCUUCAAAGUCCCCUGAUUUCAGCUCGCAAAGCGCAGUUCAAUUAGCAGCAUUAAUGAAGAAAUGGCUACGCGAGCUUCCGAUUCCUUUGCUUACAUUCAACUUUUAUGAUUUGUGGAUCUCGUCUCAAGAAGAAACUUCUGCGGAAAGCCGGAAACGAAUUAUUCAAUUGGCUUAUUGCUUACUUCCAAGAGACUAUCGGAACUUACUUGAGGUGCUUCUAUACUUUUUCAGUUGGGUUGCUUCGUUUGCAGAAGGCAAUGAGGAGAAUGGGUCCAAAAUGGAUACGCACAAUCUAGCUACCGUGAUUGCCCCUAAUAUCCUAGUAUCACGACAAUCUACUGGCCAAAAUGAGCAAGGAGAAAACUAUUUUUUGGCAAUAGAAGUUGUUAACCAGCUAAUAGAACAGCAUGAAGAAUUGAGCACAAUUCCACCAGAUCUUUUAAAUGUUUAUGAAUUGGGUGGAUUUGACUCAAGUGAGAAAGCCUUGUCGUCUAAAGAGAUAUUCGCUCAAAUAGAGAGUCUUUAUGGUGAUAACUCUAUGUAA